CCCCCGUACUCUUGACGAAAAGAAACACCAACAAGUCAAUUCACAUCGACUGAGCAAGAAUAAUCCAACACAACCACCAUCCAUCUUCUUCUUCAGUAGACCCAAUCCUCUCAAAGCUCAAUCACAAUGUCUUUCUCCAACGCAGACACCGGAAACAAGACGGCUGAUCCCUACAAGGCCGCCAACCUUGACAAUGACGUCUCCGUUAAGGAGAAGGUCGAGACCUUUGUCAAGUUCGCCGAGAAGUCCAAGUUUGGAAUGAUGACCACCAGAGACGCCAAGUCGGGCGCGCUCGUCUCCCGCGCAAUGGCUCUUGCUGCCACGGAAAACGGCGGUAUCGAUCUGCUCUUCCACACCAACACCGAGUCUCACAAGACGGACGAGAUCGACAGCGACCCCCACAUCAACAUCGCCUUCAUCAACAGUUCCGGCGACUGGGCGUCCGUCUCAGGUGUCUCCAGCGUUAUUACCGACCGCUCGUUGGUCAAGAAGCACUACAGCCCCACCCUGAAGGCCUGGCUCGGCGAUCUUGGUGACGGUACCCACGAUGGCUCCGAGAACGAUCCUCGCAUUGGCAUCAUCCGUGUCAAGACUACCAGCAUCACCUACGCCGUUAGCAACGCCACCAUUGUCGGCAAGGUCGUCCAGCUGGCAGAGGGUGUCGUUACGGGCAACGCGGCUCAGGUCAACAAGUUGAGGGAGGUGUCGUCUCAGGAGGUGGAGCAGUAUCGUUCCGCGGCUUCUUCUUCUUGAUAUGUCAGGACGGAUCGGUAAUGAAGAACAUGUACAAAUAGCACACAGCAGGGGGCCUAUCGGGGGGACAGUACCAACC